CGUCUUUUCUGCAGCCAUUUUGAACCGGGAAAUUAACAGAACGAAACGUAGUAGUGACUUGAAUUUAUAAUUAUUGUAGUUUUUUUGAUGAAAACCCUAAUCUAAGUUGUGCAAAAUAAUCAUUCAAAAUGAGUGACAUCGACCCAACAAAAUUGAAAGUCGCAGAAUUGCGAGAAGAGCUAAAAGCAAGAGGUCUCGACACGAAAGGAGUAAAAGCGGUCCUCGCAAAAAGAUUGAUUGCAGCAAUCAAUGCUGAAGAGGGAAAUGAUGAUGCUGGAGAUGUAUCAGUUGGAGAUCUAGAUACAACCACUGAAGAAACAGAUACAAGUCUUCAAGAAACCCCCUCCAAAGCAAAAGCACCUCCUCCUGUUGUGGAACCAGAACCAGUUGUGGAACCGGAACCUAGUCCAGAGCCAGUACAAGAGGUUUCUGAGCCAGAACCUGUGCCUGAAGUAAAACCUGAACCUGUUCCAGAAGUGAAACCUGAACCUGUUGUUCCAAAGGCUGAAGUAAAGCCUACACCUGUUCCUAAAAAGGAGGUUAAGCCAGAACCUGUUGUCGAGAAGGAACCUGUUAAAACCGAAGAUGAGGCUAAGCCAGCUACAGAACAAAAGACAGAAGUUAAGGAAGAAGUUUCAGAACAGGCCUCUAAGGAAGAGCCAAUGGAGCAGGAAGAUGUCCAGAAUGGAAAUAAGGAAGAAUCAGCUGAAGCAGAUGACAAAUCUGACAGAAAUCGAAAGAGAAAGCGUUCCACAUCAAGAGAUAGAAGGCGAUCCAGGUCUGGUGAUAGACAUAGAUCUCGUUCUAAAGAAAGGGAAAGAAGACACAGUCCACCCAGAAAACCUGUAGAAAUGGACGAUGAUACAUGGGAAACAGGAACAGAUUUUAAACUCGACAGAUAUAAUUGUGAUUUAAAUCUUCGUGUUGAUGAUAAUGGUGUAAAAGCUCAACCCCUGUCAGUAGAGGGUUUCGCUUUCAUGUGGGCUGGUGCCAGAACUAUGUUUGGUGUAUCCAGUGGCAAAAUUGCUUAUGAAGUUAAGCUUCUAGAAAACCUGAAUGUUGAACAUUUACCUCAAGAGGAAAGUAAUCCUCAUGUAUUACGUGUUGGUUGGUCUGUUGACUCGACAACAUUACAAUUAGGAGAAGAAGCUCUAUCUUAUGGUUAUGGUGGAACAGCUAAAGCAUCUACAAACUGUGAAUUUAAAGAUUUUGGACAGACUUUUACUCAAGGAGAUGUUAUUACAACUUAUUUGGACCUAGAAAGUGAACCAGCAACUGUUUCCUAUUCUAAAAAUGGUGAAGAUCUUGGCACAUGCUUUGAAAUAGAAAAGGCUACAAUUGAAGGAAAACCAAUGUUUCCACAUAUUCUCACUAAAAACACAGAAUUUGAAUGUAACUUCGGUAAAAAGGAGGAGCCUUUCUUUCCAUUAAAAGAAGGUUUUGUGUUCAUUGAAGAAGUGAGUCAGGAAAACCGAGUCAGAGGAGCAGUUCCACCGGCUAAGAAAGAGGACUGUGAGAUGAUAAUGUUGGUUGGUCUACCUGGUGCAGGUAAAACAACAUGGGCUGCUAAACACACUGAACAAAACCCAGAUAAAAAAUACAAUAUAUUGGGUACCAAUAAUAUCAUUGAUAAAAUGAAGGUGAUGGGACUCCCAAGAAAGAGAAAUUAUUCAGGCCGAUGGGAUGUCCUCAUUGAUAUGUCGACAAAAUGUUUAAACAGAGCUAUUGAAAUAGCUGCUCGUAAGAAGAGAAAUUAUAUUCUUGAUCAGACAAAUGUGUAUGGCUCAGCCCGACGUCGUAAAAUGCAGCCAUUUGAAGGUUUUCAACGUAAAGCUGUAGUAAUUUUGCCAUCUGAUGAAGAUUUUAAAAGCCGUAUUGCCCAAAGAGAAAAGGAGGAAGGAAAAGACAUACCGGAAAAAGCAGUUCUCGAUAUGAAAGCUAAUUUUACUCUACCCGAGGAAGGUCAGUUGUUUGAUUCCGUGGAGUUUAUUGAACUGAAGAAAGAAGAAGCUGACAAAUUAACGGAAACGUACAGAAAGGAAGGUUUAGCAGCAAAUCCUGAACGACGCUGGAGAGAUAACAGAUGGUCAGGUGGUGGAGGAUAUCGGGAUAACAGACGUGGAGGUGGUGGAAGUUACUACGACAAAGAUCGAUAUAACAGAAAUAGUGGUUACCGUGACUACAGAUCUCGCAAUUCUUAUGGUAGCUAUGAUAGACGUAGUGGUGGUUAUGGCAGCUAUAACAGUGGUGGAGAUUAUAGAAAUGACAGAUACGAUAGAAACAGACAAGGCAGCUAUAAAUAUGAUAAAAGCAGUUCUGAUCGCAGGACUGAUAGUUACGGAAGCGGCUAUGGCAAAAGUCAGGGAUGGGGAAGUCAGCAAGGAUCAUGGGGUCAAGGUGGCUGGGGACAAGGAGGCUGGGGUCAGGGUUAUGGAAGUGGUUGGGGAGGUUACGGACAAACAGGGUCCGACUACAGUAACUGGAAUCAAGGUUGGGGACAUAAUUAUUGGCAGGGAUAUCCACAGAGCAGUCACACAACAAGCCAAGUUCCUGAUUACAGUCAAUGGUAUGGACAGUAUAACAACACAGGCAGCAGUGGUACAGCUCCACCAAAAUAAACUUUAAAAUACUGGACGUCCACCACCGUUGUUUAAUUGCCCAGUCUUCUCUCAAUGGCUACUAUUGAUAAUAAUUUAUGUGCUAUCGUAUUAGUUUAAAAUUGAAUGCAAUUCAUCAAUUAUUUAUAUAGUUAAUGACCUUGUUAUUUUGUCUAAGUUCCUUUUUGACGCAAUUUGACUUUCAUGGAUUUCUGGGUAUGGAUCCAGAAGUCAAGCAGUGUCCGUAAUGCUGUGGAUAAUAAAUGAAUUUUUAACCACAAGAUAUGGCACAAUUGAUUUGCCCAGUAAUUGAGCUUGACUGCAUAAAUAAGAACGUUACUAAUACUCGGUUACGUCAAGGGUAUAAUUACAAAACCCAGCCAUCAUAGAAUUACUAUUAACAUUAGCUAUCGAGGACGACUCUGUGACAGAAGACAACAUUGUGGGGUGUAGUCAGGUCUUUAACCUCAUCCAUGCACUUUAAAUAUAUAUAUAUAUAUAUUAUUACUACAUGAAGAACUAUAUUAAUUAUAAAAUGUUUUUAUUCCCGUAUCAUCUUGUACAGUUAGUUGUUUGUUCAUUUAUUGUAAAUCUUGUCAUUUUAUGUCGGUAUGACUCUUUAAGACCGACACAUCUCAUUUUUUUUAAUCACUCGUACACUUUAUUCUUUAUAAAAUUAUAAAUCGCAUUUAUUUUGUCGACGGUAACUACGGUCGUUUCACGGUUCGUAUAUUUUGCAAUUGAAAUAAGUUUGAACUUCUUUAGAUCCGGUUCUUGUGGUGAUAAUAUAAUAAAUCACUCAUAUAUGCUUGACUUUAACUAAAUUUAUUACAUCUUAGUUGGUAAAUUGGUCAUUUGUACAGUUCUAGAAUAAUCUCUAGAGGAGUAAUCUAUAAUAUUAUUGCAUGUGUACAGAUCAAAUCAUUUGUUCAUAUGCUACUUGAGAAAUGUUGGUGCAACUGCAACUUUUUCAUCAGAGUAACUAAAUAGGUCUUUUCAUGGAUCCAUAGUGAAAUGAACAAAUUUUAAAUCAGCAUUUAAUUUGAUAUAGUAAUUUUGACGAUAGUGCUGACUUUACAGGACAACUUGAUAUAUUAAUAAUCUCAUAGGGUAUAUAUAUAUAUCAAAAAAUCGCACUCUAAUCUUUUUGAUUCAUAGAAAUUGUGUACAUGUAUAUAUUUCACAAUGGUCAUUGGUAUGAUUUUUCUUGUGUAAACAGAUUUUAAACACUAAUAACUGAAUAAUGUUGAUGUGUACAUUUCUCGUAAUAUCAAAUUAGUCAAUUUUAUGACUAGAUCAUUUACAGUGCUUCAUAUUUUUUAUUGAUUAUUUGUUGUGAAAAAUUUUUCAUUCAUUUUAGAAACAUCUGUGAGUGAAUCUUCUAAACUAUGUUUUUGGCAACACGAAAAAAUAUAUACGAUCAUAAUGUCUUUAUGUGGCUAGAAGUUCUUUUUCAUACAUCAUUACUAGAAAUUAAAAUAUUAAAGGCCUAAAUUCAAGUAAAAUGUUUAAAAAUGACGAACGAUUGAGUGCAGACUGACAUUGCUUUUUUUUUUUCUGUCUAUUCUUGAUGUCUGCAGCUCAUUUCUUGAAUCUUGGAAGUUAGCAUGUUGCCAAGAAUAUAAUUUUGAGCCGAUUAUAUUGGUUUGUGAAUACUGAUUUGAUAUGAUAUAGAUAUAGUCUAAUAUUUGUUAUAUUUAAUCUGUUGAAUAGAAGAUAUGACAAUAUAAUAGUACCACAAACCAUUAA